GCAUGACGUCGCGCGAUGUGCGAAUAUCCUCGUAGUCUCCGGACAAGUGUUCUACAAAUAGCUGCACCGCUCCAAACCGACGACGGACGCACGCCCUCGAUCGCGCCGAGCCGCACCGGACAGUCGGGUAACACAAUGUUGGCCGCUGCGGGGAACGACGGCACCGGCGAUGACGAGGUCGUCCACGACUUCGCCCCACUCAUCCGGGUCUACAGGAGCGGCCGCCUCGAGCGGCCCCUGGCCAUGCCGUCCGUCCCGCCCGGCCGCGACGCCGCCACGGGCGUCGUGUCCAAGGACGUGCCACUCUCGCCCCACUCCUUCGUGCGCCUCUACCUCCCGCCCGCAGCCAGCGCGGGCGGGGGCCAGAAACUCCCCGUCGUCGUCUACUUCCACGGCGGCGGAUUCGUGAUCGGGUCGGCCGCGUCGGCCGUGUACCACCGGUGCCUCAACGACCUCGCCGUAGCCUGCCCCGCCGUCGUUGUCUCCGUUGACUACCGCCUGGCGCCGGAGCACCCGCUCCCCGCCGCGUACGAGGACUCCAUCGCGGCCCUGAAGUGGGCGCUCUCGUCCACCGACCCGUGGCUCGCCGCGCACGGCGAUCCCGCCCGCGUGUUCCUCGCCGGCGACAGCGCGGGCGGCAACAUCUGCCACCACCUCGCCACGCACCCGGACAUCCGAGACGCUGGCCUGAAAGGCAUCGUGCUCAUCCACCCGUGGUUCUGGGGCAAGGAGCCCAUCGGCGGGGAGCCCCGGAGAGCCGCUAAGAACGGCGUGGGCCACAAGGAACUGUGGGAGUUCGUGUGGCCCGGCGCAGCGGACGGCGCGGACGACCCCGGGAUGAACCCGAUGGCGCCGGGGGCGCCGGGGCUGGAGAACCUGGCGUGCGGGAAGGUGAUGGUGUGCGUUGCCGAGGGUGACGUGCUGCGGUGGCGCGGGAAGGCGUACGCGGAGGAGGCGUCGCGGGCGAGGGGGGCCGAGCCGGCGGUGGAGCUGUUCGAGUCGGAGGGGGUCGGGCACGUGUUCUACCUGUUUGAGCCCGCGUUGGAGAAGGCCAAGGAGCUGCUCGACAGGAUCGCGGCGUUCGUCAGUGCAGACUAAUGCAGAGUGAGCGUGAGUGCACGCGAGUGUGAGUAGAAGAAGGUGCACGCACGUCGCGGGUACGUGGCGCGACGCAUCGAUUCGUUCGUUUGCCGAGUGCCGCGUGCAGCCGACCAGACGUGCACGUGCGUACGUUAAUAGAGAUGGACACUUGAUUUUUUUUUUUUUUACUCCUAGGGGGCAAUGAACCGAUAAUUCUAUCAUCACGCUGAAACAACAUUGCGCUUCGACACUUAAAUGUAUACGUAAGUGUCAUCUAUACAAUAAGGCUAGGGUCCUUUGAUGGAACCUGAA